AUGCCAGACGGCUCCCACGAACAACCCCAGCAGCGCCAGUUCAACCCCUACACCGAGAACGGAGGCACCAUCCUCGCCAUUGCGGGUGCGGAUUUUACCGUCAUUGCGGGUGACACGCGCCAGAGCGAGGGUUACAGCAUCCAGACUCGUUAUGCUCCCAAGGUCUUCAGACUGACCGAACGCGCCGUCCUCGCGGUGAAUGGCUUUGCGGCGGAUGGGAACAUGUUCGUGAAAAAGGUCAAGCAGCGGCUUGAGUGGUAUCGGCAUGCUCAUGCAAAGGAAAUGCCCCUGCGCGCCAUCGCAAGGCUCAUCCAAACCAUGCUGUAUGCGCAGCGCUUUUUCCCCUACUAUGUGUACAACAUCCUCGGCGGUAUCGAGGAAGACGGUUCAGGAGCAGUUUAUUCCUUUGACCCGGUUGGCUCAUACGAGCGUGAAGCGUGUCGGGCCGCUGGCGCAGCACAAUCGCUAGUCCAGCCUUUCCUCGAUAAUCAGAUCUAUUUCAAGAACCAAACACCGGCGGCCGGUAGUUCGCACCCCACGCAUCUACCACUCAACGACGUCCUGUCCAUCGUCAUUGACUCGUUUACCAGCGCAACGGAGCGCCAUAUUGAGGUGGGUGAUGGGCUCGAAAUAUACGUCGUCCUCGCCAAAGGGCGCAGCACGGAAGAUCUUGCAAGUAUAAGAGGCCUCCAAGAGCUGUCUGCGAAAGAUGAGGGCGACCGAAUGUUCAUCAUCCGGAGAGACCUCAAGAAGGAUUAG